CAGUUCAGUAUUCCCUUUGCGGAUAGCCACUGUAUAAUUUAUAGUGAGAGGAAAGUGUUGAGAACCUUUUAAAUAAAUAUUUGGAAGACAAGUUGAUUGUUUAUUUUAAAGUUAGUAAUGGUAUCACAGCCAGACUGAAUUGUGAAUCGACUCUCUUCGUCAAACGACUCAGAAGAACAGCAGGAUAAAUCAAGAUGGCGAACAUGGACGCAUUAGCCAAAACAAUAGCGAAGGAUUAUGUGAAUGAUAUGGAGAGCUCUGACAGUGUGGAUGAAAAUGAACAUGUAUCCGGUGAAGAUGGAGCUAGAAAAGCAAACAACAUGGACUUUGCUAGGGUGGAAAGACACAAGAAAAAAAAACACAAACAUAGAAGCAAGCACAGAAAACAUAAAUAUCCCUCACCAGAUGAGAAGGACCACAAACACAAGUACAAACACAAACAUAAGCGGAAACACAGAGACUCAUUCAAUGACAAUAAAGACUGUUCUGCUGGCUAUGAAGGUGCAAUCAUCUGUCCAAAGCGAUCCAGACUCGACGACCUUGCUGCUUUGGAGGAUCUGGAGAAACAGAGGGCUAUGAUUCAAGCAGAGCUUGAUAAUGAGCUAAUGGAAGGGGCUGUGCAAUCAGGUAUGGGACUGAUAUUACAGGGUUAUAACUCUGAUUCAGAGGAGGAUGGUGAGAUCCAGGAGGCUGUGCGAAAUGGUGAGCAACAGAGAAAAGAUCUCAAUGAGCAUGUAAUGGCAAAGGGACAUGCUGAAAGAUCUCAACAGGAUUGCGUAGAUGAUGAAAAAUUUGAUUCCUGGCUGGAAGGCAGAAGUAUGUCUGAUGAGAUAUCAGUCCCGGCCCAUAAAUCAGAAAUUAGAGUUAGUAAGGCUGGGUUAGAUGUUAAUAUCAGUGAGAGGCCUAGUGGUCCCAGCAAGGCGAGAGAGCGGAGACGAUCCCGAAGCAUUGAGAAAUCCAAAGACGGUGAUCAGAGGUCUAAAUCUCCUGUGAAGUCCAAGGGAUUGCCAUCGAGCAAUAAAAAAUCAACUACGCAGCCUGAAGAGCAAAUUGUAGACCACAGAUCCUCAGCGAGAAGGAGCAAAUCCAGAUCUAAAGAAAGAAACAUCAACUUGCUAGAAGCUGACAGGGAGAAAGACAAGAAAUCAGAGAAAGCACCCUCAAAAGAAGCCUCAUCUGGAAAAGAGAAUCGAUCUCCUAGCAGAAAACAAGGUUCAGAACAGCACAGCCAGUCUGUGCGUCCCAGGGGCCACCGCUCACCUGAAGAUUUUCCUGUUGUGCAGAGCACAGACAGGACAUCCAGACAGGACAGAUCUUCAUGCCACAACAGAUCCCCUCCAAGGAGAGGGCGAUCUCGGUCGUUUGAGAGGAGACGGAGAGAAGAAGAGCGCCAGAGACUCCCAAAUGACAGGAUGCGAUCUCGUGAUGAGGUAGGGGGCCAUAGAGAGGAGAGUCCCUGUCUGAGCUCCAGACGAAGGUUAAACCACUCGCCUCUCAGACGAAGGUCCCGUUCUCCUAGAAGACGAAGCAGCAGGUCUCCUUUCAGAUACAGGGAGCGUGACAGGAUGGAGCGCCGACAGCAGGGGCGUUCGGGAUCCCAGGAAAGGUGGAGGAGAAGGAGCAGAGAAAGAGAAGACAUGUUUAAGGGCAGUCUGUCUGAAGGGAUGAAGGCUGAGCAGGAGGACUCAGAUGAUGAAGUGAUGGAGGACUAUGAUGUUGAUGAAGAGGACGAGGAGGCUUUGAUAGAGCAGAGGAGACUUCAACGCCUAGCCAUCAUGCAGAAAUAUAAGCCAGUGAAUGAGGACAGUAACAUGUCAGGACUCUCAGAUCAUGGCAGUCCUCAGAGUAGCUCUCGCAGCCGAUCGCCGUCACCUGAUGACAUCCUUGAGCGUGUGGCUGCUGAUGUCAAAGCCUAUGAGCAAGAGAACCUGGACACAUUUGAGGAUAAUGUGAAGGCGAAGCAUAGUCUUGUCUCUCAAGAGAAAACCGGUCCUAAUCUGAAAAAGCCACCAGCCCCUGAUAUGUUCACAGAGUCAGAUGACAUGUUCACUGCUUAUUUUGACAGUGCCAGGUUACGAGCCGCAGGCAUUGGAAAGGACUUUAAGGAGAACCCAAGUCUCAGAGAUAACUGGACAGAUGCAGAGGGCUAUUACCGUGUGAACAUCGGCGAGGUGUUGGACAAACGGUACGGGGUGUAUGGCUACACUGGACAGGGUGUCUUUAGUAAUGUGAUCCGAGCCAGAGACUUGGCCCGAGCCAAUCAGGAAGUGGCGGUGAAAAUAAUACGCAACAAUGAGAUGAUGCAAAAGACAGGCCUCAAAGAGCUGGAGUUUCUGAAAAAACUGAACGACGCCGAUGCAGAUGAUAAGUUCCACUGCUUGCGUCUGUUUAGACACUUUUAUCACAAGCAGCAUCUGUGUCUGGUGUUCGAACCGCUUAGCAUGAACCUGCGGGAGGUGUUGAGGAAGUAUGGCAAGGAUGUUGGGCUACACAUCAAGGCUGUGCGCUCGUACAGCCAACAGCUAUUCCUGGCUCUCAAACUGCUCAAACGCUGCAACAUUCUGCAUGCUGACAUCAAACCCGACAACAUUCUGGUUAACGAAUCAAAAACCAUCCUCAAGUUGUGCGACUUUGGCUCAGCGUCACAUGUUGCUGACAAUGACAUAACACCAUAUCUCGUCAGCCGUUUCUACAGGGCACCUGAGAUCGUCAUCGGAAAAUCAUAUGAUUAUGGAAUCGAUAUGUGGUCUGUAGGCUGCACUCUCUAUGAACUAUACACAGGGAAAAUUCUUUUCCCUGGAAAGACAAAUAACCACAUGCUAAAACUCGCCAUGGACCUGAAAGGAAAAUUGCCUAAUAAAAUGAUCAGGAAGGGUCUGUUCAAGGACCAGCACUUUGACCAAAACUUGAACUUUUUGUAUACCGAGGUUGAUAAGGUCACCGAGAGGGAAAAGGUCACAGUCAUGAGCACCAUUAACCCAACUAAGGACCUGUCGAUUGACAUGGUGGGUCGCCAGGCACUACCAGAGGACCAGCGAAAGAAGGUCUUCCAGCUCAAAGAUCUGUUGGACCAGAUCCUGAUGCUGGACCCCGCCAAGCGGAUCACCAUCAACCAGGCAUUACAGCAUCCUUUCAUCCAGGAGAGGAUAUGAUCAGCAGCAUACCUCAGAGACUCAUGAUGGUUUUGUAUCUACAGAUAUGACUCAGAAAACAAAAGACAUUUGCAUAUUUUAUUGCCAUGCUAUUUUAUUUUUAUUUCUGAUUCGUAGUAAUUAUCAGAGCAGGACACACUCAAGAUUUACUUUGAUUAUUAUUAUUAUUAUUUUAGAUGACCUACAAUGCACCCCAUAAAAUGUAAAGAGAAAAUUCUUUCAAGAAUCUAUAUUGUUCAGAUUGCAUGUUUCAUACACAGCUUCUUGUAGCAGCUAAAAUGAUAUUGUCAGAUAUAUUUGAUAUUACGAUCAAGGUUCAGAAUGUAAGAAGAAUGAAAGUUCGUACACCGUAUAUUUUAUGUAAAAUACUAGAAUUUGAUGUAAACCAAAUAUUAAAACCACCAAGGACUGUUUAGAGUGUGACAUGAGUCAGGCCAGCAUAAAUGCUGUCUAUAUCCACCCUCCCUUAGGUGUGAGAGUGAGAACGCAACCUGGCGUGCAGGCCCACGGCAUGCCCCUUGCCCUAGGUGUGUUUCUGCUGAAUCUGAGGUCUUGGGUCCUGCUUGACCUGGUCUGCAGGGAAAGCCUCCUCUGUAAAGGCAGGUUGUACACCUCUAUUGGUACACUGAAGGUAAGCUAACCCUUCCAAAACAAACGGCAUCGUCAUUUUGCGUUCUUUUCAAGCCCAAAAUAAAGCGUCAUCAGGCUCUUUUGGCUUCUCCUGCAUUUUACAAAAUGUAAUUUGGAGAAAUGGACACCUAUUAAAACCUUUUGUCUCCCUGUUGCUCUGUUCCAAAGCCUAGUGAGGCAUCAUAGAUAUGCAAUUUAUUACCAUUCAAAUGUUUGGGGUUGGAUUUUUUUUUUUUUUUUUUUUUGCUUUUAUUUGAUCAAAAAUACAGUUAAAAACAGUAAUAUUGUGAAAUAUUACAUUUUUAAAUAAAAAGCAGUUGUGCUGCUUAAUAUUUUUGUAGAAACUGUGAUACAUAUUUUCUAGAUUCUUGAUGAAUAUAUAGUUCAAAAGAAAAUUUCAUUUAUUUGAAAUAGAAAUAUUUUGGAACAUUUUAAAUGUCCUUACUGUCACUUUUGAUCAGUUGGAUAUGGAAGCUUGUUUCCACCAGGAAAUAAAUAAACAUAAAGGAUAAUUCUGACUUUUUCUUUCUCACAAUUCACAAUUUCACAAUUCAGAUUUUUUUUUCUCACAAUUGCAUGAUAUAAAGUCACAAUUGCGAGUUAUAAAGUCAGAACUGCUAAAUAUAACUUGCAAUUGCAAGUUAUAAAGUCAGAAAUUGUGAGAGAUAAACUCGCAAUUGUGAGUUAUAAAGUCCAAUUAUGAGGAAAUAAAGACUGACUUUUUUCCUCAGAAUUCUGAGUCUAUAUCUCCCAAUUCUGACUUUAUAACUCGCAAUUCUGAGAAAAAAGUCAGUCUUUAUUUCCUCAUAAUUGGAUUUUAUAGCACACAACUGCGACUUUUUAAUCACAAAAUUCUAACUUUAUGAAUCACAAUUGCGAGUUUAAAUCACGGAAUUAUGAGAAAAAAGACAGAAUUGCGAGAUGUAAACUCAGAAUUGCGAGGGGGGAAAAAGCCAGAAUUGUGAGAUAAAAAGUCGCAACUUUUUAUUUUUAUUCAGUGACGGAAACCACAGUUGGAAGCCUCCUUGCUGGAUAAAAGUAUUAAUUUCUUUCAAAAAAAAAAAAAUCUACUGACCUCAAACUAUUGAACGUUAGUGUGUAUUGCUCAAUAAUGAAAUUUGUCAUUUAAAAAAAAGAAGAAGUGUAAAACAAUUAAAAACUGACUAUUUUACCACAAAUGUGACCACUAGGCUGCCUAAAGUAGACAGUGAGGUAGCUCACUAGGUUUUGGAACAGAGCUUCUGUUGUGGUGUUUCUCACAUAGACAAAACAGUCAGAAUGAAUGAAAAGACUGACAUUCGCUUUCUCAAAAAUGGAUGGCACCGUUUAUGGUCGACAUUGAGGGUAAGAGUGAAUCCAAGUAUUUGCAAUGGACCAAGCACCUUCAGUGUACUGCCUUUGAUAGACAUACCUCACCUUUUUCAGAGUUGUCACACUUAAGUGUCAUAGUUUUUGUAUAACCUAUUGAGUGCUUUUCAAUAUGCAUGCGAAUAUGUAUGGUUUCCAAUGCACUACUGUACAAACCCUCUGGUGUGUUUUUCGCUAUGUGUAGACAAUUUAGAUGUCUUUUUCUGUGACUGUUCUCGUGUUUGUGACCAUGUUGUCUUUUGAUACAGGGGUUUUCCUGCUCUGAUCUAUGAAUCUGCUUGUUACAAGCGGUAAUUGCUUCUUUAUUCAUAUCUCAAUUCCUUAAAGAUACACCGGUCAUAAAGUUUAGCUCAUGCUGGAAGAAUUAUCUGCCUGUUAUCUUUUGCCAAGUCUGUCCUGCAUGAUAAUGGAAUAAUUUGAAUUUACUGUAAAUUCACACUAUUUGUCAUCAUUAAACAACAUAAAAUAAAGAUGUUUGGUGGUGCAAAAAACACAUUUAUACUUCCCACAAGUUGUCUCUUUCAAGUUAAUCUUAAUAACGCUGUAAAAACAUAAUUCAGCGUCUUAGGAACCUUUUAUGGUGGGUUUUGUUUAAUCGACACUAACUGCUGUUUGUGCUAUUUCUCCCAUUGUUUCUUUGUGUUCGAGUAUAUUCUCUGGCCAACGGAGACACGUCUGUCCAUCAUCCUCCUGCCUGCCUCUGCUUUCAAAGGGACAAGACCUCUUCAAGGCCCUUUAUCCAGGUCACUCCUAAAGGCAUGUUUAGAUCCAACACAAAGCAAAGCUCUGAUUAGAAAUAAACAGCCAGUUCUGAGAGCUGAUGCUUAUGGGAUUUAUAUUCCCCAUCUCAUCUGUAGCAUCACUAAAUCUCUUUUUUAUGUUUUUAAAAUCCAUCUUUUUUGGCUUGAGCUGUAGAUUUGUUCUACAGUGAUAAUUUUUUUGUCAGGGACUCUAAAAUAUAGAGGCAGCUAUGUAUUUUCAUGUAUAAAAACCCUUGUAUAUUGCAUAUGAAAUGUGAUGUUAUCAUGAAAACAUAUUAUAUAUACAUACACAGAAUCAAUACAAUAUUCAAUUACAUCCCUUAGUAAUUACCCAAGUUUAGUCCCAAUUAUAAGUUGCCAUAAAAUCACAUUUUGUAACAAAUAUUUUUUCAUACUUCUUCCGUACAAUUCUAUCUGCCAGCAUUAUUAUUGGUCUCAUCACAGAAUAAACUGUCCAUAUUCAGCUUCAAGAAGACCUUGCAUUCACUUUAGUCAAUCACAGAGGUUCGUUCCGGGAACGUUAUUUCUUUUUUUUCUUUUUUUUUUAAUUUAAUACCUAAAUGGACUAAUUUAGUCACCUUGUGUGUCAGCUGAUAAUUGUGUAUUUCCCCAGGAUAUUUCAAGAACGUGUGCUUUAUGUAAUGUACCAAGAUACUGGUAUAUUUAUUUUCUGUAUUGUAGGUGCUGUCUGAUAAAGAAGACUCUUUAAGGAAAUCUCAUCUGGAAAAAGGUUUCUGUUUUAGAGAGCGCUCUUAAUGAGAAUUAAGCUGUUGAUUUUAAGUUGACAAUGCAGUAUUAUCCUUUGAACAAUUUGACAAAGUUACAGAUACUGUUGUUAGCCAAAUCCAAAAGUAUUUAUGAAGUAUAACACUAUUUUAUAUCUAAAUUUGCAAGUUAUAAGCAAUUUAUGUUUGAGUGUAUAUAUACAGUUGCAAGAAGAAGUUUGUGAACCCCUUGCAGAAUCUGUGAAAAAGUGAAUAAUUUUAACAAAAUAAGGUCAUACAAAAUGCAUGUAAUUUUUUAUUUAGUACUGUCCUGAGUAAGAUAUUUUCCAUAAAAGAUGUUUUUUAUAUAUAUAUAUAUAUAAUAUAAUUAGUCGACAAGAGAAAAAAAAAAAGCUACAUUUAUUAAAAUAACCCCGUUCAAAAGUUUGUGAACCCUUGAUUCUUAAUACUGUGUGUCGUUACCUGGAUGAUCUAUGACUUUUUUUUUUUUUUUUUUUUUUUUUAUGAUGGUUGUUCAUGAGUCCCUUGUUUGUCCUGAAUAGUUAAACUGAGCUCUGUUCUUCAGAAAAAUCCUCCAGGUCCUGCAGAUUCUUCAGUUUGUUUUUUUUUGUUUGUUUGUUUGUUUUUUUUAAUUUUUUGCAAAACUUUGAACAGGAUAAAGAUGUCCAAAUUUUUUUUUUUUUUUUUUUUUUUUUUUUUUCAUUUAGUACUGCCAUUUGGAAGCAACGGAAGAUACUUGCAUGUUUCAUGGAAGACAAAUUAAGAACAAUUUACCUUGAUCUUUAAAUUCAAAAGGUUUUCACCCCCUGGCUCUUAAUGCAUCAUGUUUUCUUCUGGGGCAUCAGUGAAUGGUUGAACCUUUUUUAAUAGAUGUGUUUGAGUCCCUCAGUUGUCCUCAGUGUGAAAAGAUGGAUCUCAAAAUCAUACAGUCACUGCUGGAAAGGGUUCAAAUAUGCAAAAAAAAGCUGGAAAACUGAAGAAUCUGCAGGACCUGAAGGAUUUUUCUGAAGAACAGAGCUCAGUUUAACUGCUCAGAACAAACAAGGAAAUCAUGAACAACCAUCACAAAACAAAAAAACAGUCGUAGAUCAUCCUGUGUGUGGACCCCACAGUAUUAAGAACCAAUGGUUCACAAACUUUUGAACGGAGUCAUUUUAAUAAAUUCAGCUUUUUUUUGUUGUUGUUGUUGUUGUUGUUGUCGUCUUGUGGGACCAUACGUAAACCUCUUUUAUGUAAAAAAUCUUACUCAGGACAGUACUAUAUAAAAAAAUAACAUGCAUUUUGAAUGAUCUCUUAUUUUGUUAAAAUUAUUCACGUUUUCACAGAUUCUGCAAGUGGUUCACAUACAUUUUCUUGCAACUUUAUAUACUAGAGUAUAUACAUGUUUCUCACAAAUUAAAUUAUCAGUUCAACAAACAUAAUAGUUUUAAUUUGAUAUUACACAUUCUAAAUUUAUCAACCAAAAGGUAAUGCUUUUCUUUUUUAUGAAAUACAUGUUUGCAUGUCACCCACUAAAGUAACCUUUACUUUAAACCACAACUAACCAUUUUCAAUUCUAUUUUCAGGGUAAGUGUUAAAGUUUUCCCUACUAUCAUGACCACAUGUGACUUCAAGUGUGUGAGAGAGAUCCUGACGGCCAGCUGCUGUCCUACUCUAUUAUUGAAGUGCCUUUCAAGGGCUCAUCUCCUCAUCCACUCAUGGGGGAAAUUACCUACAUCCGUGCACAGCAAAACAAUGUGUUCGUUUUGUGUCACAUUAUACAGCCAAUAUUUCACAUUUUAUAGAAACAUGUCAAUGUGUUAAUAAAUAGUGAAUUUUAAAAUGA